GAAAAACCAAAGCAUGGCGGUUUCUUGUUAGUAAAUGUGAGAUUUAUCCAAUAUGCGUAAGUUGUAAUGCCACUUCUUUAAGCAGCAGUCCAGCUAGACUUCCGUCCUUCAGUAUGAUGAUCUGUAAAACGAUUCCCACUGGUUUGAGAGGCGCUCGGCUGCAGUGUGACCUCAUCGCUUCCGCCCUUCUUCCUCCUCCCCCGCGAGCUGCUGCUGCUGCUCGAUAAUCCAACAUGGAGUAAUCAGAGAUGGGGCUCGUCGGGGCCACCCUCAGCAGCAGCGACGCAUAUCUCAUCUAAGAGAUCCUCGGAAAUACACUCAAGCGAUCAAACUGAGGAAAACUAUUCGGGUGGAUCUGGUUUAGCCUUUUUGUAUUCCAAGAUCUCCCAGGUUUUCAUUAGCAACUGGUUAGAACCAGUGAAAAAAAAGAAGAAGAAGAAAAAAAAAAGAAAAGAAACGAAAGACCCAUCAAGACGGAGAAGAGCAGAGGAGAGCGCGCAGCACGGAGACACGUUAUAGAGGGAUUAUUUGGAAAAGAGUGGCAUAAAAAUGACGAGCGAACAGAGUGCACCCGCUGUGGGAUUUUUUUGUAGGUGAAACGAGAAAAUGAUUGAAGAAACACACCCGAACGAUGACAGUUACAUUGUGCGCGUCAAAGCGGUGGUCAUGACCCGAGAUGACUCGAGUGGGGGAUGGCUGGCACAGGAAGGUGGGGGCCUCAGCAGGGUGGGUGUCUGUAAGGUGAUGCCUGCUGAGCUGACCGGCCGCAAUGACUUCCUCAUCCACGGCGAGCGCCUCAAAGACAAGCAGGUGAUUUUGGAAUGUUUCGUGAGGAAGGAUCUGAUCUACAACAAGGCCACGCCCACAUUUCACCACUGGAAGGUCGACAACAAAAAAUGCGGCCUGACGUUCCAGAGCCCAGCCGAUGCCCGUGCCUUUGACAGAGGAGUGCGGAAAGCCUUGGAGGACAUAACGGAGGGUUCCACAACUUCCUCUUCAACACUCCAGAACGAAGCUGAACUUGGGGAUGAUGAUGUGUUCACAACUGCCACCGACAGCUCCUCGAACUCAUCUCAGAAGAAGGAGCUCGCUACACAGUUAGUGGCCACCUCCACCUUCUACGAGCCUCAUCCACAUCGCUGCAUUCUGCAGUACCGGCCGCCUGAGGGCUACAGCUUGGAUCAGAAGUUCUCCAGGAACCCCUUCCCGUUUGAGGAUGAGGAGAUCGUCCGAAUCAACCCCCGGGAGCGCUGGCUGAUCACAGGCUACGAGGACUACCGAGACGCCCCUAUGCCGGACAAGUUCAUCCAACACGAGGACUCUGACUCGUAUGUUCACAUCGCUAAGAACGAACCUUUAAAGCAUGACUACAACUACCCUUAUGUGCCCAGCUCUGACUUCAGCCAGUGCGAUCUCAAGAGCCACUGCAGGGGCGACGGAGGCGUAGUGGCCACCCAGCCGCGGGUGUUCAAGCUCAAGGGCAAGCGAAGGAAAGAGGACGGAGAGCGAUCGCGCUGCAUCUACUGCCGGGACAUGUUCAACCACGAGGAGAACCGCCGCGGACAGUGCCACGACGCCCCCGACCCCAUCCGAACCUGCAUCCACCGGGUCAGCUUCAUGUGGUGCGCCGACAGCAUGCUCUACCACUGCAUGUCCGACCCGGAGGGCGACUACUCAGACCCGUGCUCGUGCGACACCAGCGAGGAACGUUUCUGCCUUCGCUGGACGGCCCUGUUGGGUCUGUCGCUGUUGGCACCCUGUCUGUGCUGCUACCCGCCGCUCCACGUGUGCCACCGCUGCGGCGUGGCCUGCGGUUGCUGUGGAGGAAAGCACAAGGCUGUCGGCUGAACCCCCCGCCCGUCCCGAAUGAACCCUAAACUCCCCUCGGAACACUAGCACUGAGGAGGGCAGGAGCGGACGAAACCGACACGGCCCAGUUGGCGCUUUUACUGUCCUUAACUUUACAGUCUCUCCUGGUUCCAGAAAACAAUUCAUGCUUUAUCUGGCUCGACAACGUUCUCUUUUGGUUGUUUUUAUAAAUAUGACUAUAUAUAUAUAUAUAUAUAUAUAU